AUGCUCUACGAACUCAUCGCAAUUGUCCGACCGGGCAACCUCUCCGAGGUGAAGGAGAUCGCACACACCGUCGGCUCCCUCGUACUCAAGAACGGCGGCGUCGUCCGCGGCCUCUCCAACUGGGGCGUCUUCUCCCUCCCCAAGCCCGUCUCCGUCCACCAGAUGAAGCACACCCACGGCCACUACUUCGUCAUGCGCUACGACGCCUCCACAAAGGUCCACGGCGACGUCCGAAAUACCCUGCGGCUCGAGCCGCGCAUGAUCCGCGCCGCCCAUGUCAAGCUCGGCGACGGAAAGCUUGAGACGCUGUCCCGAUUCGGCGCGCCCAAGUGGAGGACUCAGGGCAGCGAGGCGUGA